GCCGCAUGCCCGAUACUGCUAUCCUCCAACUCGUAGCUGCCGGGAAACUUCGCGCCGACUUCUCUCAAGGUGACUCACACUCACUCACGCAACUUGGGCUUCUCUGUGUCUCUAUAGACCCAAAAUUACGGUCAGAAGUACUCAAUCAUUUACAGACGGCCUUGAAGAACAUAUCCAGCAGCUAAAAAUAAAGUGUAGCCAUCAUUUGCACACGUCGCAGAUCGUACCUAUCGGAGUAAUCCGUACACAACGUUUCAUUCGACUGCAGCAAGAAUGAGUACAGGCGAUGUCAUCUACAAGUCGCUCCUCAUUCUACUAUCUAACCCGAACAUUGUAAACGUUAUAGGCACAACUACUCCACCUGCGGCCAAGUCUCAGGCGAAGAAAACGUACAAGCGUCCGCAGUGCAAACACGAGGGCUGCACGAACCAGGUCAAGUCUAGAGGGUUGUGCAAAAGCCACGGAGGAGGCAUCCGAUGCAAAGUCGAAGGUUGUGACCGAUCUGCAACGAAAGGAGGGCACUGCUACACUCACGGAGGUAAAGCUUGCUCGGUGGAAGGCUGUGAGAAGAGUGCGCAGAGGAAGGGGCUGUGUUAUGCUCAUGGUGGCAAACCGGCGGAUGCCAAGCGGUGCUCUGUGUCGGGCUGUCUGAUGGUCGCUCGAACCAAGAUUUUGUGUAGAGCUCAUGGCGGUGGGGCUCCGCUGUGUGUCGUGGAAGGUUGUGAGAAAGUGGCAGAGCCGGGAGGUCGUUGCGGUACCCAUGGUGGAGGUAAGCGGUGUAAGAUUGAAGGCUGCACGAAGAGACGGGUGACCAAGGGGCUGUGCUACGAUCAUGGCGGCGGCAGGCAUUGCAGUCUUGAAUGGUGUAAUAAGCACGCUGAUAAAAGCGGAUUUUGUGCUGCGCAUAAGAAGGAGAAGCAGCAAAUGAAGCGGGUAAAGCGACGCGAGGCGAAUUUAAUUGAAUGGGGGGUCGAAAGUGAAAGCAACGAGAUCGUCGCCAGCUGUGCUACCUCGCUUACUGGGCACACAAAUGCUGAUGGAGCCUCAACAGCUUCUACAAUGGGGACUGAGAAGGAUAGUACGACGAGGGCAAUUAUCUCGGUGCAGCAGCAUACCCGGACGUCUCGACAUAAUUUACAUAGUUAAAAAAGAAAAAAUAAAAAUGCAAAGCAUGCAUUCCAAAAACAAUUCC